UCAGAGUCAGACUCAGUUCCCUCCAGGCAGCCUCUCAAUCCGCUUCUGUUCAGGGCCAAACCAUGGCGGAAGAGGAAGCGAACGCUAACGAUGACGCCGACAUGAGCACGCAAUUCGGGCAGGGGGUCCGCGGUCGCAAGGGUGCCCUCAAGAAGAAAAACGUCUACAACGUUAAAGGUCACAAAUUCAUUCCGAGGUUCUUCAAACAGCCGACCUUUUGCAGCCACUGCAAGGACUUUAUAUGGGGUUUCGGCAAACAGGGAUUCCAAUGCCAAGUAUGCAGUUUCGUGGUCCACAAGCGGUGUCACGAAUACGUCUCCUUCACAUGCCCUGGAGCCGACAAAGGGCCAGAUUCUGAUGCCGAGAUCUCCAAACAUAAGUUCGAGAUGUACACAUACUUGGCGCCCACGUUCUGCGACCACUGCGGAUCAAUGCUCCACGGGCUCACAUCGCAGGGAUUGAAAUGUUCAGCAUGUGACAUGAAUGUGCACAAACGGUGCAAAGAAAGUGUACCCAACUUAUGCGGCUGUGACCACACUGAAAGGAGAGGGAGGAUGGAACUCAAAAUCACCUGUGUGAGCAACAAACUUAGCAUCGAAGUUCGUCAAGGUAAAAACCUAAUUCCAAUGGACCCGAACGGGCUCUCGGAUCCCUACGUGAAACUUAAGCUCAUUCCAGACGCAGACAACGUCAAGAAAAAAACAAAAACAAUUCGAUCUUCACUCAACCCUGUCUGGAAUGAAACUCUCACCUUCGAAUUGAAGCCUGAGGACAAAGACAGGAGGCUUCUCAUCGAGGUUUGGGAUUGGGAUAGAACAUCUAGAAAUGACUUCAUGGGCUCUCUGUCCUUUGGCAUUUCUGAACUAAUCAAGGCCCCUGUCGAAGGUUGGUUUAAACUCUUGACACAAGAAGAGGGUGAAUUCUACAACGUCCCCGUGCCUGAGGAAGGUGCAGACCUUGCACAGCUGAAAUCUCAGAUGAGAGAGUCCCCUAUUAAGAAGGGACCUAAAAGUCAGAUGCGCCAUUCGACUUCACUCACAAAAAAAGCUCCUGUUAUGACAGACAAAGAUGUUCCUCACAACAUGAAUAAAAAAGAUGUUAUCCGAGCAUCAGACUUCAACUUUUUGAUGGUACUAGGAAAAGGAAGUUUCGGCAAGGUCAUGUUAGCAGAGCGAAAAGGAACUGAUGAGCUUUAUGCGAUAAAAAUUCUAAAAAAAGACAUAAUCAUACAAGACGAUGAUGUGGAGUGCACAAUGGUUGAAAAACGUGUUCUAGCACUUUCACAAAAGCCACCGUUUUUAGUUCAAUUACAUUCCUGUUUUCAAACAAUGGAUCGGCUUUAUUUUGUUAUGGAAUAUGUUAAUGGAGGAGAUCUGAUGUUUCAAAUUCAGCAGUGUGGAAAAUUCAAGGAACCAGUUGCAGUAUUUUAUUCAGCAGAAAUUGCCAUUGGACUGUUUUACCUUCAUGUGAGAGGUAUUAUAUACAGAGAUCUCAAGUUGGACAAUGUCCUUCUGGACCAGGACGGACAUAUUAAGAUAGCAGAUUUUGGCAUGUGCAAAGAAGGCAUUACUGGCGACAAGACAACCAAAACUUUCUGUGGCACGCCAGAUUACAUUGCCCCUGAAAUAAUUCUUUAUCAGCCAUAUGGUAAAUCAGUAGACUGGUGGGCAUAUGGUGUCCUGCUGUAUGAAAUGUUGGUUGGGCAACCGCCCUUUGAUGGUGAAGAUGAAGAGGAACUUUUUGCUGCCAUUACAGAUCAUAGUGUUAGCUACCCUAAAGGCUUGUCCAAAGAAGCUAAGGAAGCUUGCAAGGGGUUUUUAACAAAAAAUCCUAGCAAACGACUCGGGUGUGGGCUAAGGGGCGAAGAAGAUGUCCGUGGUCACUCCUUUUUCAGAAGAAUAGACUGGGAAAGGAUCGAAGCAAGAGAAGUUCAGCCUCCAUUUAAGCCGAAAAUUAAACACCGAAAGGAUGUGAGCAAUUUCGACAAACAGUUCACUUCUGAGAAGACAGAUCUGACACCAACUGACAAGCUUUUUAUGAUGAAUUUGGACCAGACCGAGUUCAUGGGCUUCUCUUAUCUCAAUCCCGAAUUCAUCCAACAUGUCUAAAUAACAGGAUUUUGUCUCCCAUGUCUUCCCACAUUCCUCAUUCAUCAGAAACCAACUGUAUUUUCACAUUUUUCAGGUAUAAUGGAAAAAGAAAUGUAGGAAAGAGAUGGGGUGAUGACACAGUUGUGAUUACAAUCAGUGAGAAAUGUAAACAGAGCAUGAGUCAUUUAGAUAUGCAAUGCUGAGGGUAAUGUAGAUUUGUUUCUCUAAAUGUAACAUUCAGGUGUAAUUUUUCUUUCAAUUUCAUCUUAUUGAAGAAGAAAAAAAAGACAAAACUUUUCACUUAUUUUAUAUUUUUAAAACUGUUAGGCCCUUGUUAGUAAAACUUAAUAUAUCUUUUAAUACAAUUCAUAUUUUUUAGAAGUUUUAGGCAUCACUGUAUUUUAUCUCUUCUUUAAAAAAAAAGUAAAUAAAUGAAAAAAAGUAACAAGAAAAAAUGAAAUAAUUUAUCUAAGUGCAAUACAAUAUUUUAUUGCUUUAAAGGAUUACCAAUAAAAAUUUGUGAAAUUGUUAUAAAUUCUGUUAUUUAAUGGUUGAUUAUUAGUGAUAAUAAAUGUAAAUAAAUAUAUAUGACAAACAUAAAUUAAUA